GUACCGUUUUCUACAGUGUUUGCUGUAGGUCUAGUCAAAGUUUUAGUGUCUCAUUUGUUCUAAAUAUAAAUCACGUCAGGUCACGUGGUCACGCUCAGUCAAGAUGGUGGCGGCCAAGAGAAAACGUGGAGGCGCAGAAGCUACACCGAGAAAGAAGGGUAAAGUUGUAGAAAAUGGAGAAAAAGGGAAAAACGCCACGACGGCACAGGAGCCGAGUAAAGAGAUCAUGGUUCCGCCUCCGGUUUCUCAGGGCAAGUGGAAAAACAAGGAACGUGUUUUAAUUUUCUCUUCUCGAGGCAUCAACUUCAGAACGCGGCACCUAAUGCAGGAUCUCAGGACCAUGAUGCCUCACUCAAAAGCAGACACCAAAAUGGACAGAAAAGACAAGCUGUUUGUUGUGAAUGAGGUGUGCGAAAUCAAAAACUGCAACAAGUGCAUAUUCUUUGAAGCGAAGAAGAAAAAGGAUCUGUACAUGUGGAUCUCGAACGUUCCUCACGGACCUUCUGCCAAGUUCCUGGUUCAGAACUUGCACACACUGGCUGAGCUGAAAAUGACCGGGAAUUGCCUGAAGGGAUCCAGACCCCUCCUCUCAUUCGAUCCUAAGUUUGACCAGGAACCUCAAUACGCCCUGCUGAAGGAGCUCCUUAUUCAGACUUUCUCGACGCCGCAAUAUCAUCCCAGGAGCCAGCCGUUCGUAGACCACGUCUUCACCUUCACCGUCGCUGACAAAAGGAUAUGGUUCAGGAAUUAUCAGAUCAUUGAAGAGGAUGGCUCUCUGGUGGAAAUCGGGCCUCGCUUCGUCCUCAAUCUGAUCAAAAUUUUCCAGGGCAGCUUUGGUGGGCCGACGCUUUUCGAGAACCCUCAUUUCCAGUCGCCUAACGCGUUUCGACGCCUGGUGCGGCUCAGCACGUCCGCUAAACAGAAGGAGAAGCAGAUGGUGAAGCAGAUCCGUCUGGAGAAGAGGAAUGAGCCCAAGGAAGUGUUGACACGAGACGUCACAGAUGACGUGUUCGCCACGCCGGCAGAGGAGAAACCGGUAACGGUGGAGCAUGAGGCUCCAGACCCGGCGUUGAGCAAGAAGAAGAAGAAGAAGAAGACGCUGAGCGAGCUGAAGAAGAGGACGCUGAUGAAACGCAAAGGUCUCCGAUGAAAAGAGUGCACCGUGUCGGUGUUUUAUUUUCCAGACAGGAAGUGGAGGACGUGUCCGGAAAACCUUAUUAUAAGGACCAUCGCCAUCUUUAUUUCUAAAUACAUUAGUGUUAAUUGUAUGUGUAUUUGUUGCAUUUGUUACAACAUUAAACCGUUUGAACACCAGGUCCUGUCCUGAUUGAUUGCA